AUGCCGAAUGAGCUCCAAGAACGAUUUAGUCAGAUUACCGGGUUCCAGGAGGAGCGAACCAUUGGCGAUGUCAUGGCUGUUCUUAGUUUGGUCGAGCUGGCGCUCAGGACGGGGUCCGCCCUGCCGGAGAGGUUGCCCACGCCGCUCGUCAUGCGAUUCUAUGAGUCGCGGCGCUUGAAGAAUGGCGUGUCCAUGCUGUAUACCACCCUGGUACGGGAUGAAGAGUAUAGGAGGUACUGCGUGGCACUAUCGGCUUACCUAAAGUUCUUGUCUAGCAUCGACUCGCUGGUGCUGGUGCUGAAGAGGGCGUCGGGAGAGGUCCACGUCAUUCAUCCUUGGGAAGGGGCCUAA